CGGGUAGUGCGGGCGGCCGGCGCGAUGGGGCUGAGUCGCGUGCGAGCGGUUUUCUUUGACCUGGACAACACGCUCAUCGACACGGCCGGGGCGAGCAGAAGAGGCAUGUUAGAGGUGAUAAAGCUCUUGCAGUCAAAAUACCAUUAUAAAGAAGAGGCUGAAAUCAUCUGUGAUAAAGUUCAAGUUAAACUCAGCAAGGAAUGUUUUCAUCCUUACAAUACAUGCAUUACUGACCUAAGGACUGCACACUGGGAAGAAGCAAUCCAGGAAACAAAAGGUGGUGCAGCCAAUAGGAAAUUGGCCGAAGAAUGUUAUUUCCUGUGGAAAUCUACACGUUUACAGCAUAUGACACUAGCAGAAGAUGUCAAAGCCAUGCUCACUGAACUUCGAAAGGAGGUCCGCCUACUUUUAUUAACGAAUGGGGACAGACAGACCCAGAGGGAGAAGAUCGAAGCUUGUGCCUGUCAGUCCUAUUUUGAUGCCGUCGUCAUAGGUGGAGAGCAGAGAGAGGAGAAGCCAGCACCGUCCAUAUUUUAUUACUGCUGCAAUCUCCUCGGGGUCCAACCUGGGGACUGUGUGAUGGUCGGUGACACAUUAGAAACCGACAUACAAGGAGGCCUCAACGCAGGGCUGAAAGCAACAGUCUGGAUCAAUAAAAAUGGAAUAGUGCCGCUGAAGUCCGCCCCUGUUCCACAUUAUAUAGUUUCUUCUGUGCUAGAGUUACCUGCUCUCUUACAAAGUAUAGACCGCAAAGUCAGUAUAUCUACUUAAAGCACAUAAAAGGGCCUGAUUAUGAAUGUUAGCGUCAACUUGCAGAGUUUGAACUAAGCGAAGUUAGGACAUUCCACUUACUAUGGUCCAGUUCUAAGAAUAAUUUUAUUUAUGAUUUAGUAGCCAGUAUUCUGAAGGUCCUCCCAACCCUGUGGCUUUUAAGUUUUGACAACCAACCAUUGACUGGUAUUUAAAUCUGAAAAUUCAGAUUGCAUUAAUACAAGUUAGUAAUGUAGCCCAGAAAACUUGAAGAAAUAUAUUAUUUGUUAGUCUGUGACUAGAGAUUUUUAAAAACUAUUUCAUUGAUCUUUUAGUAUCUUGGCUUCGUGAUACCAAGCAAGAUAGUUUACAUGUGGAUGCACAAAUGUAAGUUUUACGUUCUGGCUGGAAAAUAGAUAUUUUUAAAAAAUAGAUAUUCUAGGCCGGGCG